AAGGACAAUUGGGGCAGCCGCUCUUCUUGAAGUCGCUAGCGGUGAGGAUGAGUGAGCAGGAGAGGCAUGCUCUCUGCUUGCCUGUUCCUCUGGCCGGCAUGUUGGUCGCUCACGUCGAGGCUCGCUGUCACUUUGCUUGCAGAUCGACAAGUCGCGCAGGUUUUGUGCGAGGCAGCAGACAGACAGAGGGCGAGCGAUGUCGGCGAGGUUGUGCAGCUGUAUGAGGGGCCUGCAGCUGUCUGUGAGCCGGCUUGGGCUCAGUCUGGCGGCAACAAGGAGAGGACUGGCAACGCAUGCAGAGGCGCCGUCUGAAGGUGCCAAACGGGCAGCCAAGGAGCAAAGAGCUCAAGACCGGCUACGCAAGCUCAAGCGAUUCGAGCAAGGCGGCUCGACGUUUUCGUACAAGCCCAUGGCCAAACCCAAGGGUGCCCAUCGUCAGGCGCUCCUCGAGGCUCGCCGGAACAAGAUCGCCAAGCUGCAGAGACUGCACGCAGAGAGGAGGAAGGAGAAGAAAGAUGCGACGACGAUGAUACCGGACAAGUGGCUGCAGGGCACCCGGGAGAUCUACCUGCCCAACCUGUCCCUCGUCAUGCUACGCAACAACCCGCUCCAGAGACCUUAUGACCCCUAUACGGCUACCUUUCGAUGCGCGCCCACACUGACAAAGAUCGACAUCGUCAACUAUCUGGCGGCGGUCUACAAGCUCGAGGUGACUUCGAUACGGACGAUGAUAGAGUCCAAUGCUCGUCACGUCAUCAGGGACAGAGUGCAAGCCAAGAUGGCGAGGAGGAUGUCCAUGCAACCUUACCGCGAGGGCAAGCUGCGUAACGUGAGAUCGAAGAAAGUCAUCGUCAGCCUCAAACAGCCUUUCUGGUAUCCUGCACCACGCUCCGACGACUUCAUGCGUCCUCGCUUCCAAACUCGCCAGGUGGACUCGGGUGAUCCCAACAGACCCAAUCUGGCCGGAGCGCGCAGCCAGGCAGGCGUCUCUCAAGCCGAAUCACAGAACAAGCGUACCUAUCUCAAGAGAGUCCAGAAGCGGUGGGCAGAAGAAGACAAGAACGUUCGCUCGUUCAUCGAACGCGCAAAAUCUGUUCGAUCAGAGCCGGACGUGUAGUAGAGCAUUGCAACGUGCACCGAAAUGUACU